AUGGCCACAGUUAUCAACAGGAGCGUCGGUCCUAUUGGCUACGGCCUUAUGGGCUUCACCUGGCGACCUGAGCCCCCGCCAUUGGAACAAGCCAUUGCCGCUUUGAAAACCGCACUGAACAAUGGCAUGACGCUCUGGAACGGCGCCGAGUUCUACGGCACGCCUCAAUACAACUCCAUGACUCUACUCAAGGCCUACUUCAUAAAAUAUCCCGAGGACGCCGAAAAGGUCACGCUCAUCAUCAAGGGCGGCUCGGAUCUCGAUACACUCAAGCCCAACGGAAGCCCCGAGGGUGUUCGGCGAUCUCUCGACAACAUCAUCAGCCAGCUCGGCGGCACCAAGAAGCUGGAUCUCUUCAGCUGCUCAAGGAGAGACCCGCACACGCCUCUAGAGGUGACGUUUGGCGUCAUUCAAAAGGAGUACAUCGACACGGGCAAGCUAGGCGCCAUUGCACUUUCAGAGUGCAGCGCCGAGACGAUUCACGAGGCCGCAAAGAUUGCCAAGAUUGGCACGGUGGAGGUUGAGCUGAGCAUCUUCACGCCGGAUAUCCUUACCAACGGCGUUGCUGCCGCGUGUGCCCAGCAUGGCAUCCCCAUUACUGCGUAUUCCCCCAUCGGGCGAGGAAUCCUCACCGGCAGAUUCAAGGACGUCUCCGAAGUCCAGCACUUUGGCUACAUCGCCACAUUCCCGCGCUUCCAAAAGGCCGCCUUCGACCACAACCUGAAGCUGGUCAACCAGGUCGAGACCCUCGCCAAAGAAAAGGGCUGCACUCCAGCCCAGCUCGCGGUCGGCUGGGUUCACAGCCAGAGCAACCGGCCCGGCUUGCCAACCAUCAUUCCCAUCCCCGGCGCAACAACCGCGGCACGGGUGGAGGAGAACUCGAGGGUGAUCAAGCUGACGGAGGAGGACAUGAAGAAGAUUAACGACAUCAUCGAGUCCUUUGACGUUGCCGGUGACCGGUACCCCGAUGGCGCGCCGAGGAACACCUAG